CAAACUGUAACAGUAUCCGAUUCAACACACACGUGUUCUAGUGUGUUAUAAUGUAUAAAUUAUUUGCAUUAGUGUUUGUGGCUUCAGCCUUAGCAUUGCCGAGUCCUGAAAUUAGUGAUUCGAAAAAAAAUGAACACACUUUGGAAACUGCCGCGCGGACUUUUGGAAAGGAUUGCAGCAAUGGAAUCUUUAGUCCUACUUGUUUGAAAAUUGAAGCUAUAGCAAUGUUAGAUAAACUCAGUGCUAAAGAAGAGUUGAGACUCUUGCCAGGAGUCAGCUUAGUGAAAGAAAGUAAAGAGAAUGACAGCAAGGCAGAAGAGUUUGCAACUGAAUUGGCAAGGUCUCUGAAUAAGCCUGAGGAUAGAUUAGACAAAUAUUUGUUGUACAAAUUGGGAAGUUACUUGGAGAGUCAUACAAUGAGGUUUAGACUUUUGGAUGAAAACUCCAGUGAGGAAGCUAGGGCUCUGAUGAGUGAAGCAAGGGGUAAGGGCGGUCUGGGGGGAGGCAAAAAGGGAGGAAUGGGCGGACUUUUGGCUAUUGGAAUGUUGUUCAAAGGUACCUUGAUGUCAAUAGGAUUAGGCGCACUGGCUCUCCUUGCUGGCAAGGCUCUGAUGACGGCAUUAAUGUCCCUGCUCCUGUCCGCCAUUAUUGGCAUCAAGUCCCUAUCCGGGGGACAAAAGUCCACGACAUACGAAAUUGUCUCCAAACCUAUAUACAGCCAUACCCACUCACACUCAACGGCCCAUGAAGAUGUAGGCGGUUAUGGCCACUCAGGAUAUGGACGGAGCAUUAAUACUAGACGUUAAUCAAUUUAACAUAGGUAGUUAUAGCACAUCAAGUUACCCUACGUAAACAUGGCGCGGUAAUAGAGCCAGUUUGCAAUGGAUUUGGGUAGGUUGAUGUGCUGUUGACUGUACUUAUUUAUGAAAUAGUUUUUAAUAGGAUUUUCUUCAAGUGAUUUGGCUGUUUUUUAAUUUAUUUUUAGUAUUAUAUUAUAGGUACAAAAAUAUACUUAAAUGUUUUUUGCUAAUGUGAUAUUAUGUAUAUUUAUUUUAGUAUCUAUGAAUAAUAAUUUUCUAUUUAUAUAUUUCUAAUGAAAAUUACGACUGUUCAUAAUUUAAAUCAAAAUUAAUUAUUUACAUAUUA